AUGUCUUUCAGGGAGUCGGACAAGAAUGAGGAAGAGUUUGUCAAGCGAGCUAAUCGGAUGGUUUCGAGGUGGUCUGGCGAGCGUCAAACAGGCACCCCAGACCGCUCCAAACUGCAAAGCUACGUGCGCAGCCGCGAAGAUGAGGCAGCAAGGGGCCGCGUGAAGGUCCUGGGCCGCCAUAUUGUAGAGCCUCAGCGACAGGUACCUAUACUGGACCGCUGCGAGGUCUUGGUGGUAGGAGCAGGGCCAGCAGGCCUUUCUGCAGCCCUAGGCGCACGGCGUGCUGGUGCAGAUGUGAUGCUCUUGGAACGUUAUGGGUGCUUCGGAGGCACCAUCACUACCGUGGGCAUGGAGACAUUGGGAUGGUACCGAUAUGAAGGAACCGAAGAUUGUGAAGGCAUUGGACGAGAGAUGGAGCGUGUUGCGGAGCGCAUGGGUGGUACAACCAAGUGGCCCUACAAUGACUCCGAUUGUUUGGAUGCAGAGAAGUUCAAGCUUGUUGCGGAUAACCUUAUCAAGGAAACAGGAGUCCGACCCAUACUUCACAUUUGGGUGGUUGAGGUCCUAAUCAAUGAAGACAACCAGAUCUACGGCGUUAUCACGGAGUCCAAGUCUGGACGCCAAGCCAUUCUGGCAGAUCGAGUCAUCGACUGCACAGGAGAUGCAGAUGUGGCUCACCUUGCCGGCUGCAAGUAUUCCAUUCUCGAUGUAAGCCAAUCCUUGGGAGUGACAACUGUUUUCAAUGCAGUGAAUGUCGACGUGAGCAAAUUCAAAGAUUACACAGAUAGGAACCCUGCAACCUACAAGGAUUGGAGCCGAACAUGGUCACAGACAACCUCCGGCAAGGAGGAGCAUCUGAAGUCUCCCUACCUAGAUCGUGAGUUUGAGAAAGCUGCUGCGGCGGGGGUCAUCCCUCAGGACAAGAUUGGAAGUUUUGGUGGAAGUUGGUCAGCCUUAUCAGAAGCCGGAGAGGCCACAAACUUGAACUUGGUGCACAAGACAGGAGUGGAUGCUACCUGUGUGAGGAGUCUGACGGAUGCUGAAAUGGAAGGACGCCAGAAUGUGAUGCAUGCACUUGAAGCACUUCGGCACACUGUGCCGGGCUUCGAGAAUGCCAAACUCCGCAAUUUUGCAAUGACCGUUGGGACGCGUGACUCUCGGAAGAUCAUCGGCAAGUACAACCUGACCGGUGAGGAUGUUUGCAACCAGGCGCGCUUUGAAGACGCUGUUGGCAUUUUCCCAGAAUUCAUUGACGGCUACAACAUCCUGAUCCUUCCUACCACUGGUCGUUACUUUCAGGUUCCUUAUGGUUGCAUGCUGCCAAGCAGCGGCGCCGACAACCUGCUCGUGGCCGGCCGCGCUGUGGCAGGCGACCGCGUCUCCCAUGCCGCUAUGCGAAACAUGAUGGCAUGCACUGUGACAGGCCAGGGGGCAGGCGUCGCAGCUGCGGUGUCUCUCAGACACUGCACGCGGGUGAAGGAUGUCGACAUUUCUGAUGUGCAACAAGAGCUCCACAGGCAAGGCGUUCGCUUGUCCUGA